AUAUCAAAUUUAGUAGAAAAGUAAAAGAGUCCAAGUUUAUAGCAUCAACCUCCAAAGAACUUUAACUGUAUAAAAAUGCGAGCUUUUUACUUGCUACUUGUCACCAUUUUGGCUGCACCAGCACUCCUCAGUGCACAUGGUGGCUAUAGACAUCAUAUAACAUCGAAUCAGCAUCCAGUAGCCAAUAAUGCACCGAAUUGUGCGCUUUAUACGAAUGGUGCAUACAUACCAGAUACUCUGAACUGUGCCCGUUACUAUGUAUGCGUUAACAGUCGGGCUGUGUUAAAUCAGUGUCCCUCAGGCUCUAAUUUCGAUACUAUUACCUAUCGUUGUAAAAGUGCAUCAUUGGUCAAUUGCGACUUAAAUCGCAAUCCAGUAACUUCAGCACCACAAACUGAUUCAACAACGGAAUGCACAACCACUUCAUGCACAACCACAUCCUGCACCACAACAGUAACUCCACCAGAUAAUGUUUUACGUAUAUUGCGCAGUGUUACCGACUGUAUGAGUCUUGAUGAUGGUACCAAUUUAUUGGAUGCACACCAUUGCCGUCGUUAUUAUGUGUGCUCAGGCGGUGCUGUGAAGCUACGUAAGUGCCAGAGUGGACAGUGGUUUGAUUAUAAAUUGGCAGAAUGUCGCACUUCGAAUCUUGUUAGCAAUUGUCCAGCUCAACACAACUAAACACAAUAAAAUAUAAAAAUUAUUACAAUA